AUGGAUUCAACAAUCGCCCCCAAACCUCGGCCUCGGCCUGCCCAUACUCAGGGAAUCACUCGAUGCGCGUAUACUCCUGACGGUAGUCGUCUCGUCACCGUCGGCUCCAACAAUACCAUCCGCCUUUACAAGACGGGCUCGGAUGGAGAACCCGUCAAUGUCGACGAUUGUCCGGAACAGAACUUGGCUGUCGCCGUUGGUGAUACUUUCUUCGUCGUCGGUUCAGAAGAUGGCACUGUCAGUCUAUACUCGCUCGACACGGGCUCCUACGAGCGCUUCCUCGUCCGCACUUCGAUGCCCAUCCGCGACGUUGCUUUGACUCCUGACCAUCAAUGGUGCGCUGUUGCGAGCGACGAGUUGACCGUCAAGAUUGUGAACACAAAGGACAUUACUCAGGUCAAGCACCUGCGCGAGCAUGGUCGGGCUGUGCGGCACGUUAGCUUCGACCCUCACGGACGGUUGGUUGCGCUGUCGGGCACGGAUGGCAUCGUCUAUGUCUACUCUCUUACCGCUGAAGAGCCUGAGCUUAUCCGAAAGGUGGACGGUAUCAUUGCUUCGCUGGAUGGAGAUAGCGAGGCUUCUACACAGGUCGCUUGGCAUCCGGAUGGUCGGGCGUUUGCCGUGCCAACCCCAGUGAAGGAUAUUCAGAUCAUCUCCAAGAACGACUGGGAGAAGCAACGCACAUUCGCCAAUGGACAUUUGGCCGAUAUCACAGCGCUCGCAUGGUCGCCCAAUGGCUCUAUGCUGGCGUCGGCGAGCAAGGAUGGAAAGCUGUUGAUCUGGGAGACCAAGACGCAGGGUGUGAUUGCACGAUAUGACUACUCCAAUGUCAUUGACCUCGCGUGGCAUCCGACCAAGAACCUCAUCUCGUUUACGACGACAGACGGCGAGGUGUAUAUCUACCCCGACUUCCUGACAGACCAGUUUUCGCCUCUGUUGAAGCUCGAUACACAACCCGCACCCUUCAUCCACGACCCCCUGGCCGAGAUCUCUGCAAACCGACGGCCUCCUCCCAAUGGUCACAAGCACCAGGGGCUCCCCUCACGGCCUCGGCGAGACUCUCUAGGGAGCCUUGACUCAUUCCUGGAUGGCCCAGAUGGAUACGAUGACGACUUUGUGGUCGACGACGAUGGUGCUGGAUACACUGCGGGAGUCGGCCACAAGCGAGGCCGAGACGACGACGAAGCCUUUGGCCUCUCAAACAAGCGUCGACAUAUGCUGGAGCCUCAAUACCACGAGGCUUUCCAGCCAGGUGCAACUCCAUGGCGAGGCAACCGCAAGUAUCUCUGCCUCAACCUCAUCGGUUUUGUCUGGACUGUCGAUCAAGACUCACAUCACACCGUCACGGUUGAGUUCUACGACCAUGAAUUCCAUCGAGACUUUCACUUUACCGACACAUUCCUCUAUGACAAGGCGUGCCUUACUGAACAUGGCACCCUCUUCUCCUGCCCACCCAAGGAUGACGCCCCUGCGACCAUCUUCUACCGUCCCCACGAGACAUGGACUCAGCGAUCCGACUGGCGCACCGAACUGCCCCAUGGUGAGGCUGUGACAGCAAUGUCCUUGAGCGAGUCCUUCAUCACCGUCACUACAAGCACCAACUAUGUGCGCGUCUUCACUCUCUUCGGUAUGCCGUAUCGCGUAUACCGACCGAAGAGCACGCCCAUGGUGACGUGUGCCAGCUGGAGAGACUAUGUCUUGACCAUGGGCAACGGUCCCAUGGGUGCAGAUGGAAACACUCGCCUCUUGUACACAAUCGAGAACGUCAAGCGGGACGAAAUCUGUCAGAACGAAGAUACAGUGGCUCUACCUGAGGGUGCGACACUCAAGAGUGUAUUCUUUUCGGACAGUGGUGAUCCCUGUAUCUACGAUUCAACUGGAACACUCCUCACACUGCUACACUGGAGACAGCCCUCGAGAGCAUGCUGGGUUCCCCUCCUCGACACCAAGCUCCUCGCUCGACUGGCAUCUGGCCGCAAGAACGAGACGUAUUUCCCUAUUGCUGUAGCAGACAACAAGUUCCAUUGUAUCAUCCUCAAGGGCGGCGACCAAUACCCCUACUUCCCCCGUCCCCUCCUGUCCGAGUUUGACUUUUCCAUCCCCAUUGCUUCAGCGCCCAAGCCUCCCAAGCGUCAGACCCGCGAGGGCGAUGAGGACCUCACGAUGGGUGAUGACGACGCGGAGAAUAACAAGGACGGCGAGGAUGAUGACGACUCGUCAGAGACCCGUAAGCUUGAGCAGCAGUUCAUGCUCCACGGCGUCCAGGCCGCUCAGCUUCGUGACCUCGUUGAGUCCACAUCUGGCAGCCACACGCAGCGCUCGCAACUCUCACGGCUCGAGCUCGAGAUUGACAAGACGCUAUUGCAGCUCCUGGCGGUUGAGUGCCGUGAGGGCGAGGAUAGGGGUAUGCGUGCCCUUGAGAUGGUUCAGCUGAUGCGUGACCGCACCGGCCGCAUGAUGGAGGCCGCUGGCAAGGUCGCCGAGAGGUAUGGAAGGACCAUCCUGGGCGAGAAGAUUAGGGAGUUGGGCGAGAAAAGAGUUGGGGGGUUCGAUGAUGACGAUUUCUAG